AUGAGCCAAAUUCAACACGAUAAGGCACUGCUCGGAAAACUGUGCCCAAAAAUCAGAAAGCAAACACCUAUUGCUAAAGGAGCGGUCAAGGACCUAAUCAUCUUCCACACUCACCAAAAAAUCUCUCAUGGAAUGGGAAACACGAUAUUCCGGAAAAUUGUGAACAAUAAUCAUCUUAUUCGAUUCAGUCCGGAUGAGCUGACAAGACAUUAUGAAGAGAUCAUCGCGAAUUUGGAGGAGUUGCAACGGAUGCGGACUCCAUGGCCAUUCUACUUGGACACUGAAGGAGGAUACGAAACGCUCCAAAAUGGGACAAAUGUCGCAUUAAUCAGCAUCUUCAAUGCGCGCGAUCAUGAAGCCCUCGAGCUAUUCGAGGCCUUCGAAUUGGACGACUUCACAGGAGGAAUCUUUAAAUAA